AUGCGCCUCCACCUCGUAAUCUCCCGACACGGGCUCCCCAUCACGCGCAUCCUCUGGACAACAACGACGAGCCCCGGAUCUGGACCCGCCUCUGUGGGAAAUGGAAAUGGCUACGCGCAACAACGCAGCGGCGCAAUCGCGUCGACUCGAACUCCGCACCUCGCGCUCGCAGGCGGAGGCGGAGGGAGUAGCGGCAUCGGCGGGUACACGGUCGCGCAAUUGUUAGAGGAUGUGAAUGAUGUCGUCCCGCUGGAGACGGAGCCGAGUAUGUUUGACCUUGAUCCGGAGUUUAGUGGGACGUGGGGGUUGGAGGAUUAUGUUGUUGAAGUUGAUGGGUCGGAGUGUCUUCAUUUUAUGGAGAUUGGGGGGUUACUUAGGGAUGGGGAUGAAGUUGUAAUUCGAUCUCUGGAACUCGCAGAUCUACGCGCUAGAAGACUAUGCGGUCGUCAUCAAAUCACCCCCGAAGGAAGACACCUAAUCGAUGGCGUUCCUUUCGGCUCCCCGUUUUCCAAACGGAGUACCGCGACCAGACCCACCAUCACCAUCCCUCCGCGCAAGAAACGACGCACUGUCUUCUCGGGCUGGGAGGGGGUCCCCGGAUAUGCGAAUGAGGAAGAAAUGAAUGCCGAUGAAGAAGGUGAUGGUGAAUGGCUGCCGCCGAAUGCGGGCUUCGGGAAAGAACUCUCCAUUUUGCCGGCUGAUCCGGAAGUCUCUGAGAUGGGGACUGUCAUUCGGCACCCGAUUGACCAUGGCCGUGACCACUCUGUGGAUGAGGAGGAUAGCGAUGCGGAUGCGGAUGCGGACGAGGACAUCUCUGAGCCCGAAGAGGCGGAGCUAGAGAGUGAGCUUAAAGCAUUGAAAGCGGAUUUUGAUGAACCUGCGUCUCAGUUCAUUGAUAUUCGAAAUCAUGGCCAACUCGCUAAUCCUGCUAUCCCUGGUACUGGUCCCGCACUGCGCUCCAGCUUGGUGGAUAAGAGGCCUUCUUCGGCGGAUAGUUUGCGUCGAGGAUCGGUGGCGGGUGCUUCGUCUCUUUCUAGCAAACGCUCGCGUGUGGAUGAGUUGUCCCCACGUAAUUCCAAGGCUGUUAGGUUCAGCCAGGGCGGCGAAAGUGAACACCCUCUCAGUCCCUCGCAAAUCGAGAAGGGCGCGGCUGAAUCUUCCGAGUCUGAGGCUGAGUCCACCCAUUCCUCUUCAAAGAAGUCCAGCGUCGCGUCCGAUUCUGACUCCUCCGACUCCGACUCCUCGGACGAGAAAAUGUCAGACGCCUCAUCCGACUCCUCAGAUUCAAGCUCCGACUCCAGCUCCGAUGAAUCCUCCGAUGACUCUUCCGACUCCGAGGGCGAAGAAGACAAAGUCUCCCAGAAAAAGGCUCACGUCAUGGCCCCUCCCGGCAAAGGGUCCAUCCGCACCAAGAAAAGCAAUGCACGCUUCAAACUGCGCCGCCGUCUAUCCAAACUCAAAGAACUAGGCCUCCUACCCGCCGAGGCUGACUUUGCGGCCUUGCGGUCAGUGACAGAGGCAAACGGCGGUUGGCACUUCGAUGAGUCUAGCAUGAUCUCUACCCCAACGUCAAAGGAAGAGCCUGCGAAACCCAAGCUUUCCAAGGCCGAGAAAAAGGAGCAGGAGCAGGCUGAGUUUGAAGCCAGACGUCAAAAGCUGCUUCGCGACCUUUCAUCUGGCGGCGUCGCUGUAGACGAGACAUCCGAGAAGGAAAACGUGCCACCUGCGACGACGAACGAAGCAAGCCCCGAAGAUGAAAACGAAAGACCCGAAGAACAAUCUUCUCGCCGACGAACUCUCGACAUCGGCAGCUCACGUCGACUUCUCUUUGGAUCCCUGGGUGUACGUACUCCCAAGAGCAAAGAGGACGAAGAAUCAACGCGCCAAAAGCUAGCCGCACAGGCAAGCGCCGUUAAUUCUCGACGGAAAUCAUCGCAAAAAGGACCUCCGAAGCCUGAGGAGACUGCGGUGGAUGACGAUGACGAUGACGAUGAGGAAAUUGACUGGGAAUCUAAGCUCGAUAUCAGUGCCACCGAGUGUAUUUACACCGACAUCAACCUCACGGCGCCUCCAUUCCCGUUUAAAAAUCGCUGGGAUAAGGAAGCAGACCAGAUUCUCCGUGAACGAAUGGGCUGGGGAAAGAAGCGGAAGCGCAAGCAACGAAUUCAGGUUUACAAUGAAUAUUAUGGGGAUGAAGAGUAUGAUGAGGAAGGGUAUGCCUAUGAGGAGGGUUACAACGACUACGAUGAGAGUAACAUGGAACUCAACUACGAGGAGGAGCCUGCUCAUGACGCCGAUGCUGAUGCCGAGAAUUGGAACGAGCAUGAGCAUGAGAAUCAGCAAACCGUCACCGCUGCCGAUGUUGAUGACCUCCCUAUCUUCCCAACCGACCCCUCCACCAUCGCAGACCUCCUCGAAGAUGAAACCAAACCCGGAUCAAUUAUCGCCUUCCGACAAUUAGACAUGUCUAAAGCAACCAACUGGCAACCCCGAAUGUCCGAGUACCGAGUCGCAGAAGUCCACGAAGUUCUCGACGGCGGUAUUCUCAAAGUACGACUGGCCCUGCGAGACCGUCGACCAACGGUAGACGCCGCUGGCGAAGACGAUGGACCGCGCUUAUAUGAUGGAUUCGAAACGCCUGGGAUGGACGAAGAUGAGGACGACGGAUACCGUGACCUCGCCUUUGCGGAACUCAGCGAACCCAAGCUUCUACGGCCCGCGCAGCUAGAGAACGAGGACCCACCGGUAGAAAUGGGGAAUGGCGUUGUUCGUGAAGGUAGCAUUGUCUCUGUAGUUCAAGACUCAAUGCCAGAUACAUACGCCCAUCUAGCGGUAGCGCUACCAUCCGCACCCCCGGUCGAUAUGGAUAUGGAUCUGGAUGAUCCAAAUCCGAGUACCACCACGUUUGUAACUGGCGCCGGCGUCGCAGGCAAUUUACCCAACACCCCCGGUAGAACCUCCGACGUGCCAUCCGUCCAAACACCCGGUGGCGUGCGACUACCAAGGACCGAAGAUGUGGACGAAGAGCACAGUGACUCUGCCCCCGUACCAUCCCCUUCAUUCUCAGGUUUCCACUCCCACUCGCACUCCGCGCGAUCGUCGCCCGGCGCGGGGAUCAGCAUCCGCCUAAACGAAGCCGACGAGGAAAGUCACUUAGAAGGCCACACCCUCAUCGACGAACAACAGUCUAUGCUGGGCCAUACCCUAAUUGGUGAACCGUCAAUGCUGGGCGAUAGCAACCAAGAUGGCUCGGCAUUAUCAUUCGCCUCGGCAUCCAUAAACCAAUCCCACAUUCCGCCCAGUGGCCAGAUUACGAGUAUCAAUGACUACUCUCUCCUCGUUCCAUCACACCAGUUCGGAGGAGACUCGAGCCAGAAUUCACUUCUCGCCAGCUUGCACGCUCCUGAGACUGAGUCUGGUAAUGAUGAUGAUAACGAACACGGUGCAGACUCGGGUGUGGCAUUAGGCGAAGUCGAAGUCGAAGUCGGCGUUGAUGUGGAACUGGAACCUGCUGCAGAAACAAGACCAACACCAGGAGGCGACGGCCCUCAAGACGAUGAAGUCCUCCCUGACUUCAAUUUCGGCCAAACCCCAGACGAAGACACCCUCCUACACGGCGAAUCAAGUCUCCACCUCUCGCCCUCGCCAUCACAUUCGCACUCGCACUCGCGCUCCCCCUCUCUCUCCUCGCGCCAACUCCCAACAAGCGCACAGCAAGAACCAGAGUCAAAUUCUAGUCCAGGCUCGGACCCGGCUAUCGGAAAAUACUCACACUCGCCUUCCCCAUUGCUGAAAUCUUUGACGCCGCCGGCUGCUUCGACGAGGUCUAGGAAGAGGUCUUCGCAGGCACAGGGUUCUGCAUCUCAGUCUCAGUCUCAAGGUCAGGAUCAGGAUCAGGAUCAGGAUCAGGCUUCUGCUCCACCUCCAUCUCAAGUCCAAGCAUCGCAGGUCUUCGACUACAUCGACCUCACGCAGACUUCAUCUCCCAUCCUCCCACCACGCGAUACGUCGACACCUCGCCUCGCGGCAACGGACCAUACCGAGGCAAUCAGUACUAAUGAUACUGAAACACCAUAUCGUCCGCGCCGCACUCGUGCCUCAUCCAAGGCACAACUUCUACAGUUGUCAUCGCAGUCUCCGAGCAAGAUUCCAAAACGCAAGGCUAAGAAAAAUACGAAGGAGAAAUCGCGGGUUGAGAAGCAGAAACAGAAGCAGAAACCUUCGCCCAAGAAACCUGAGUGGAGAAUUUGA